AUGGACAUCCGACGAUUUUCGACGCGGAGGCCAAAGUUUGGCGCGGGCCUUCGCGGCCAGAGAUCUUCGGCCCGACCGUGUCCGCCGGCCGCGUGGGACUCUUCAACCUCAGCCAGAAUCCCGACCUGGUGUGCCAGAUCAACUGCUCCACCGGCGCGCAGAAGACCAACCGCCAGAUCCACGACGAGACGCUCAGCGUCGCCGCGAGCCUGCGGAAGCUGGGCUGCCGCCAGGGCGACGUCGUUGGCUUCAUCGCGCGGAACAACGACAGCGUGGCCGCGGCCGUGCUGGCCGCCUUCCUGCUGGCGGCGCCCAUCAACGCCCUGGAUCCCACGUUCGCCAUCCGUCAGUAGAACGCCGGCGAAGCUCCGCCCGAAAGUGACCGUGUUUUGCUUUGCAGAGGAGAUCAUCCACAUGUUCGGCAUCACGAAGCCCAAGUUCGUCUUCUGCGAGAGCGACAAGGUGCCGGUCCUGCGAGAGGCGCUGCAGGUCCUCAAGAACGACGCCAAGAUCAUCGUCUUCGGCGACAGACUGGCCGAUUCGCUCCACAUCGAAGACUUUCUGGCUGACCCUGGAGAUUUGGGCGCUUUCAGCCCACCUGAAGUCGAUGACGACACCUGCGCUGUGAUCUUCUGCUCCUCAGGCACCACUGGAUUGCCCAAAGGCGUUUGCAUAAAUCACAGAAAUUUGAAUUUCAUUGCAGCUUAUGGAUACACAGACGAUGAAGUUGAGAAGCCCUACAAGAUCCUAACGUUCACAUCAAUUUACUGGGUCACUGCAGUUCUGACGCUAUUAGUUGGCUUGGGAAGAAGCACGAGACUCAUCGUCCCUGAAUCCUACUCAGACGAUUUCUUCUACAAGAUCAUAAAGAAGUAUCGACCUGAAAUCAUCUUCACAGGACCAAUGUACUUUGAGGGAUUGAUAAAUCAUCCCUCAAUUCAAGUGAGUGAUCUGGAUAGCAUCAAAGUCUACAUCUGCGGUGGAAGUGUGGUUAGUCAGGCUUUGUGGGAGAAAUCAAAGGUGUUCUUAAGAAAUGGUGAGCUACGUUGCGCAUACGGAAUGUCUGAGAUUAGCUUCAUCUCAAAAGCGCCGCCAAAGGCAUCAAAACGCAGCGAAGGCUACAUUUUAUCAGGCCAGCAGGUGCGGAUCCUGGACGAAGAUGGCGAGAACCUGGGCGUUGGGGAGCAGGGAGAGAUCUGCAUAAAGUGGCAACACAUGUUCAGAGGCUACUUCGACAAUCCCGAGGCGACGGCCAAAGUGCUGGACGCGGACGGCUGGCUGCACAGCGGCGACAUCGGCUUCUUCGACCAGGACAACCAGCUGCACGUGAUGGGACGCAGCAAGGACCUCAUCGAGUACAACUACUUCAAAAUAACGCCCGGCGAGAUCGAGAACGUGAUCCUCAGCGUUCCCGGCGUUCGCCAGGCCGUCGUUGUCGGCGUUCCCGAUCCCAAGUUCGUCGAUCUCCCGGCGGCCGUCGUCAUCCGCAAGGAGGGCUCCUCGGUCACCGAGCAGGACAUCGCGGCGGCCAUCGAGGCGCGUCUCAGCGACCACAAGCGCCUCAGAGGCGGAAUCUACUUCGUGGACAGCGUGCCAACCACUCCGUCCGGGAAGGUGAAGAAACAACUGGUGAAGGAAAACGUCGUGAAGCUCUACCGAGAAAAGCAGCAGGGAAUCUAG